ACUCCAGGUUCAACUGUAGCCCUGAGCCACUUGCGCAAGACUAGCCAUCCCUGGUCUAUCCUUUCUGACAAUGUAGGUAACAGGGUUUGGCCUUUCCCUGGGCUCAUGUUGCCCUCUGAGAACAAAAGGUACGAGUGUCGUAAUGGGGGCGUUGUGUUUUGCACAUUGUUCCCGGGUUUGAUCGCAUACCCCUUAUCAGAUUAUUUUCGGUUAAAUCCAGGGUCAUACAUACAGUCGAGCAAAUUAGUUCUUUACUUUGUGGGCAGAGCACGAGCCUGGCUUUUACUUUUGAGUCCUGAACUCUCCGUAGGUCUCACCACACUCUUAUAGAGACCACCAUCUCUUCAGUUCCAUCCCAGCCCUUCUCUCUUCAACUGGUCCGACGACCAUCUCUGAGGCAUAUGUGGUGCUCUCGCUUCUUGUUCACUCUCCUCUUUCUUGCAUCUCCUGCUUUUGCGGGCGUGCAAGAAGUAUGGUGGAAUAUCACCUACGUCCUAAAUGCCAACCCAGACGGUCUCUAUGAACGUCGUGUCAUAGGUGUCAAUGGUACUUGGCCACCUCCGCCAAUAUCUAUAAACUCUACAGAUUCUCUGCUCUUGCAUGCAACAAACUCGUUGGACGUCGCCACUACCCUUCAUCACCAUGGCAUGUACAUGAAUUCGACUUCUUGGAUGGAUGGUGCCCUAGCCGUCGGCCAGUGUGGUAUACCCCCGGGUCAAACAUUCCAUUAUUCUAUACCCGUCAACACUUCCGACCAAUGGGGGACGUACUGGGUGCAUGCUCAUGCUUCGGGACAAUAUGUCGAUGGCCUCCGCGCCCCCUUUGUUAUACAUCCCCCUCAAGAAGCCUACUCUUAUGACGAGGAGUUCACAGUUGUCCUCGGCGACUGGUAUCACCAGGAACACACAGUUCUCAUGCAGCAAUAUGUCAACAUUGCUGAUCCUGGUGGUGCUGAACCCAUUCCCGAUUCAGGUCUAAUGUACUUUGCUCAGAACGCUACUAAUCUCCCACCGAUACCUGGAAGUAACCCUUCACCUGUCACCGCCGCAACCGGGUUUAACGAGAAUGCAACACUCAAUUUCGUUCCUGGUCGCACUUAUCGUUUGCGGAUAAUCAGCGAAGCUGCUUUUGCUGGAUUCUACUUCUGGAUUGAUGGUCACGAGAUGCGCCUGAUUGAGGCUGAUGGCACGGAUAUCCAAUCGAAGACGGUUGACCAGAUUAACCUUGGCGCAGCUCAACGUUAUUCUAUCUUGGUUACAGCACGUAACGAUACCUCGCCGUCAAACUGGGCUAUCCAUGCUAACAUGGAUUAUACCAUGUUCGACACAGUCCCUGCCACACUCAAUCCCAAUGUCACUUCUUAUAUCACAUACUCGUCGGGUGCCCCAAAAACCGACCUUGGUAAUGUUUCAACUUACGAUGUUAUCAACGAUAUGGAUCUCGUACCGUUGACUGUUAUUGAGCAACUGCCCUCGGGCUCAACUAUUCCGCUGUUGGUCUCGUUUGACACCAUGGACGAUGGAACUAACCGUGCAAUGUUCAACGGAGUAACAUAUGUUCCGCCCCUCGUGCCCGCCACAUUAUCUGUACUUACCCUUGGGCAGAAUGCAUCAGUGCAGGAGGCAUAUGGACCGCUUAGUUUCGUGGUGAACCAUCUUGAUUUCAUUGACAUUCAAGUAAAUAACUCUGAUACCAACAAACAUCCUUUCCAUCUUCACGGCCACAAGUAUCAGAUCAUCAAUCGCUCUCUGCAAUACAACUCAACGGAUCCAACUGUUAACCCGCCGCUUGCUGAAGGACAAGCUAACCCAAUGCGCCGUGACACCACUAUCGUCCCUGCCGGCGGCUCUCUGACUUUCCGUAUCGCAGCGGACAAUCCAGGAGUUUGGUUCUUCCAUUGUCACAUUGACUGGCAUCUCCAAGUGGGUCUCGCGAUGCAGCUCGUCGAGGCACCUCUCAUUGCGCAGGAGCGAUCUGUCGGGAACGUUCCUUCUUUCGUGUACGACCAGUGCGCGAUGACUAACACUCCAAGCUCGGGGAACGCAGCAGGACACGCUUCCACGACAGAUUUGUCUGGCUGGACGCUGGGUCCGUAUCAACAGGUCUUGGGAUGGCUUCCUCGGGCAAUUGGAGCCAUGGCUGGAUGUGUUUUGACAGCCGUGCUUGGUAUGAUAACAGUGACAUGGUACUCGUUUGGAGGCAGCAUUACGGACGAGGAAAUGGAAGAGGAAGUGAGGAUCAAGAUAGCGGAGAAGGAGAAAAAACGUGGAAUCUUUGGGCGAUUCAGACGCAAAAAAGACUGAUCUCCAUUAACCCGUGUGGACAAGUAAGAAGACAAUGGAUUGCGGAAUAUUUAAUCGAAUUCGUUCAUCCUGUAUGAUUCUGUGACAUAUGUAUAGUUGAUAUACUAUCAAUCUGCCUUUCCAUUUACACAACAGCACGCGCUUUCACUCUUGCAAGUAGAAUCACGUAGAUUUGAGGGCCUUGCUGGACUUGUCAGAGCAACAGAAUAAACAAGAUGAGCUAUAUCGGUGGCUUUUGAA